AUGCCCUGGCCUCCAAUAAUACUGUCUAGUCCCUAUGGCUCUGACCGGCUAGUGCGUCUUGCAGCCAGACUCCGACCAGCACUAUGUGACGCCCUGAUCACUGUGGAGAGCCAAGAGUUCCCUGCCCACAGCCUGGUGCUUGCGGGUGUGAGCCAGCAGCUGGGCCGCAGGGGCCACUGGGCUCUGGCGAAAGGCAUCAGCCCUUCCACCUUUGCCCACGUGCUCCACUUUGUUUAUGGGGAGAGUGUAGAGCUGCAGCCAGGGGAACUGGAGCCCCUCGAGGAGGCAGCCAGGGUCUUGGAAGUUCCGUCCCUGGAAGAAGAAUGCAGGAGGGCUCGAAGGGACAAGGCUAGAGAAGAAAUGGGUCCUGGGAUGAAGGUAUAUCAGGGGGAGCCAGAAAAACUUGCACAGAAUUCUGAGAGAGAGCCAGGGGUUCUUAAAGAGAAAUCAAGACCAACGAAGUUUGUUGGUAUUGGUGGGAGAGAGCAGGAGACCCAGCGGGAGCACAGGCCAGCAGGAGAGAGCCCAGAGCUGUCAGGGGCAAUGCAGGCGAGUGAGGGCCACAGGGAGGCAGAUGGGAAGCCAGAAGCUAUCAUGUGGAGGAGGGAAAAUGCGGGAGGUUCUGAGGAAAGUCUUGGGGAGUUCCCUGGCCCCCUGCCCCCACCAGGUUCUGUUCAAACCAUUAGCACCCCUAGACCCUGGCAAGGGGAAGCCCCGUGGUUAGGGGAGGGCCAGCCUGCCCUGUGGAGCAUCCUGCUGUUGCCACCCAGAUGUGGCAAUCCCUUCUCCUAUAGUAGCCCCAUCACUGGAGCCUGGCAGUUCUGGCCUUGGGACCAGAGGAUCCCACCUCCCCAGCAUCCCCACAAAGGGUUCUGGGGCCAGAACCAGUUGGCUUCCUCCAGCCCCACCCCAGGUUCCCUCCCCCAGGGCCCCACCCAGCUCAUCCCUGGGGAGAUGGAUGAGUGCGAUCAGAGGCACAGAGAAGCUUUUGCAACCUCUGUGGGUCAUGUGGGCACAGCAGGCCACCGGUCUCGCCAACAGCCUCCCUUGCCCCCUCGUACCACAUCUCGGCCCUAUUCUUGUUCUGUCUGUGGCAAGCGAUUUUCACUCAAGCAUCAGAUGGAGACACACUACCGCGUCCACACAGGAGAGAAGCCUUUUUCCUGUAGCCUCUGUCCCCAACGCUCCCGGGACUUCUCGGCCAUGACCAAGCACCUGCGGACGCACGGGGCUGCACCCUACCGCUGUCCUCUGUGCCAGGCCGGUUGCCCCAGCCUGGCCUCCAUGCAGGCGCACAUGCGCGGCCACUCGCCCAGCCAGCUCCCGCCGGGAUGGACCAUCCGCUCCACCUUCCUCUACUCCUCCUCGAGACCGGCCAGGGCCUCGCCCUCUCCCAGUAGCGCCCCUUCCUCCACCACCUGACGGGCGGUCGGGAGCUUCCUGGGCCACAGCCAAGAGUAGGACUGCAAAGGAAGGACAGUCCGCGGCGCGGGCCGCGCGCCUGCCGCCGAGCCGUCCGGCUCCCAGAAGCGCCGCCCCGAGUCCUCUCCCAGAUGACCGCGGGCCGCAGACGCCCCGCAGGGAGCCUCGAGCGGGAGGCAGG